AUGGCAGUCAACCCCGCUCUAAUGAGCUCACUCAGUUUGGGCACAUCCCGCAAACAAAGUCAACCCGAAGCAGCAGUAUCUACGGCAGCACCCACGGCAAAACGACACAAAAACCAUCUCCCUAUCAAAACACACGACAAGAUGAUCUACACAGUGUGGAAACAAAGGGAAAAAUUCAGCUAUGACUAUUAUGUGCCGGAAGACCCCUUCACCAGCAAACUCAUCAAGAUGUACCGCAGUCUCCACGACGCCAACAUCAGAGUCCGAGUCGAGUUUGAGAAAUGGAGCAUGAAACACAGACACGAGGAUCCAUUUAGUUUGGUGACGGAGUAUGAUCUCACUAGUGCUAAGCCGCAUUUUUGGGAGGCGCCGCUUGAGGGAGAUAAUGAAGAGGAGGGGAGGGGGACGAGGGUUCAUGUUAAAGAGGAAAUUGUUAAGCGUCAUGGGUCUGAAUACGAAAGGAGGUGGGAGUGGAAGUUGCCUGGUGAGGAGUCGGAUAGUUAUGAGGAUGAGGAUGAUGAUGAGGAAAGUCAUGAGGAAGAGUCUGAGGAAGAAGAACCGAAACUUUCUCCUGAGGAGUUGAAAUUGUUAAGGGAAUGA